AUGGCACCCGGCGGGCUGCCCCGGCUAGCGGGCCUGGCGCGCUGGGCUGCGGCUCUGCUCCUCGCUCUGGGCGUGGCACGGGCUCCGGCGCUCCCCGAGGUGUGCGUCCGGUGCCCGGGGAGCGUGCGCAGGUGGUCGAGGGUGGCCCUGUUCUGCGAGCGGACGCCGGCGCGGUCGCUGCGGGCCCGCUGCUGCCUGGACCCGGAGGGCGCCGUCUUGGGGCUGGAUCUCCAGAACUGUUCUCUGAAGGACCUGGGUCCCGACUUUCCUCAGGCACACACUGCUGUCAUUAUAGACCUGCAAGCAAACCCCCUCCAGGGUGACCUGGCCAGCACCUUCCGUGGCUUCACCCAGCUCCAGACUCUGGUUCUACCACAAGAUGUCCGCUGUCCAGGAGGCAUUAAUGCCUGGGAUACUGUCACCUCUUACACAGACAACCAGAUCUGCCAAGGGCAAAGGAACCUUUGCAAUACCACUGGCCACCUAGAAAUGUGUCCUGAGAAUGGAGUUUGUGUACCAGAUGGCCCAGGUCUUAUGCAGUGUGUUUGUGCAGAUGGCUUCCACGGUUACAAGUGUAUGCGCCAGGGCUGGUUCUCGCUGCUCACGUUCUUCGGGAUCCUGGGCUCCACCACGCUGUCGGUCUCCGUCCUGCUUUGGGGGACCCAACGCCGGAAAGCCGAGACUUCCUGAACCGCGGAGGUCUCCCGCUGACUCGGGUCGCCCGGCGCGUCUCGCCGAGACAGGCGGCCGCCGUCGGAAGGAAGACGGCCCGGCGCCCCCC